AUGGCUAGAAAGUAUCAUCCUAAUGUGUGUCCUCCUGAGGAGCUGGGUAGUAUACAACAAGAUUGUAACAAAGUAGCAGUGAGAAAUGCUCUGAUACGAGACAACAAUUUGGCUGAGGAAGAGGAAGUGGUGAUUUAUUUGGUACUGAUUUAUCAAGCUCAUUUUUUUAAUAAAAUAGGAGUGAACAAUGGAAUGGUGGGAGACAAUUUGCUUCCCCAAAAGGAAGCAGUAGCUUUAAUGCAGAACAACAAUAUUGGGAAAUUGAGGAUUUUUGAUGCACAGCCUGAUACACUAAAGGCCUAUACUAAUUCUGGCAUUGAAAUUAUUGUGAGAGUCACUAACGAUGAAUUGCAGAACAUCUCCUCCAGCCAAGAAGUGGCAGAUAAGUGGGUCAAGGACAAAAUUCAGGCGUACUAUCCUGCCACCAAUAUAAAAUACAUUUCUGUGGGCGACCAGGCUCUGGAAAAGCCUGAGUAUGGAACGUAUGUUCUUCCGGCCUUGAAUAACAUUCAAGUUGCUUGUUUGACAACUCCACAUUGUACACAAUCUCUAAUGAAGUGA